AUGGGUUUUCUAGGCUUUACGAAUUUCAGUGAGCUCGUGCUCUUCUUUACCAGCAUUGUGUCUGGGAUGGUUAUCCUUUUGGGUCUGAACGCUGUCAACGCAACACCACCAUUUAUGCUUGAAUAUUAUAAAUAUAUUAAACAUGAUGAACAUGCAGUGUCCGAUUAUCCCAAUUUUUGGCGAAAUGUCCUAACUUAUUAUUGCAUUGUCACCGAAGUCACACAAGCGGUUCUGCAGCCAGUCAAUCUUCUUCCCUUUUUCCGCCGCUUUUCCUACCUUUUCCGUCUUGAGCUUGGAUGUAUGAUUUCAAUGAUGGAACUUCUUAUUACGUUGCUGAUGCCACAUAUAGGAGCCUCAGAGUCAGGUGCCGUUGUCGGAAUUUUAAUGGCCGCCUUCGUGGGCGGUUUGGGGCGAGCCAUAUUCGAGAACACCGUCUUUGCCCUCUUCGGCACAUGCCCACCAAAGAUUAUCAUCGGCGCUAUGAUUGGCGUACCGGCAUCCGGAGUCUUAAUGUCUGUCUUACAGAUUAUUCUGAUUGGAUGUAUGCCAAGCAACUUCAAAUCGGUCUUUAAACAGUCGAUUAUAUACUUUUCCAUUGGUAUCGGGCUGAUCACCGUCUCUGUGCUGCUUCUGAUAUUGCUUUUCUUUAAUAAGUUCGCCAAAGGUUUCAUCCCGGAGCUUCGCUCGACGCGAUCGGCUUGGCGAAAUAUUUACCGCCCAUUAAAGCUAUCCGAAGAAUUACCACAGAAUGACCCAAGCAAGAUUUCCCUUAAAAAUGAACAUGGCUCAACGCACGAGGCAGGAAAUGAUGCAACCUCUUCCCCGCAAUUGGACAUCUUCGCGACAACUGAUUCGGAGCCCAAAAAGCAGUCUAGUAGCCCUCAGGAUGAUACGAAUAUCGACCCCGAGGGACUGAUAUCCACGGAACUUCUUCAGCGAGUCAGACUGUGGGAUGUUAUAAAGAAAAUUUAUACCAUGCAGAUUGCCUGUUUUCUAAAUUUCUUCGUCACGUUGCUCAUUUUCCCAGGGGUUUUCCUUAAGAUCAACUUUACGGACAUCUGGUACACCACACUUGUCAUUGCGAUCUUCAACUUUACCGAUUUCAUCUCACGCGGGGUGCUGAUUUGGAAAAAACUACGAAUCUCGCGAAAGAUGGUAUUGAUCUUAUCCAUUGCGCGAAUUGCGCUGAUUCCACUGGUUAUUUUGUGUGGGAUGCACAUCAUUCCAGGCAAGAUGCCGGGGUACAUCUUAAGCGGCAUUCUAGGCAUCAGCAAUGGGUAUGUGGGGACUUUGAGCAUGAUGUACGCGCCGACCUCGCCCGGGUUGAGGGGAAAUGGCGACCACGCGAUGGCCGCACAGGCGUGUGAUGGGGCACUGAUGUUGGGUUGUUCUUUGGGCGCCCUUUCUCAACUGGGGGUGGUGCUUGCCUUUUAA